CAGCCGACGCCGCGCAUGCUCGUCCCGCCGGCCGGCACCGCCCGCUUCCGGUGCCCGCCAUGCAUCUUCCAAAAGUGGAAGAAGCAGCAGCAGAGGAAGCUUCCCGCCUGCGCGCGCCCGCCGGUGCCUCUCGCCCCGCCGCUGCCAAGGCCUUCUCCCGCUGACGCCACCGGCGCUCGCCAAAGCCCAGGCGCCCUCCAACAGCGACCGACCGCGGGCUCCUCCCGCCGGCUCCAGGGGCCUCCCUCGCCAGGGACCGGCGCCCUCUUCCUCACGCAGGCCUGUGCUCCUCGCAGCGGCAGCUCACGCUACCAUCCCCGGAGCCCACCUCCCGCCUGUCCCCGCCAGCCGGUGCCUCCCGCUGACACCCGUGCCUGCCACCUGCCGCCACCACCGCCGUCCAAUGCCUUCUUCCCUCUGACGCUGACCUUCGCUGCCUUCGCCAGCGCUCACUGACCCCCAGCGCUGUCCGCUGCCAGACGCCCUCAGACUCCUGCCGCCGCCACCAGAGGCUCUCUUGCCAGGGACCCGGCUCCCUCGUUCUCACGCAGGCCUCGCCAACUUGCAGCAGCCUCAGCUCAUAGUCUCCACAGGGAACAACUUCAUCUCUCUGAACUCAACUCAUGAAAGUUCUACUUGACCCAUUUCUGCAAACAUCUGCUGCUCUCUACCUCCAGGGUCACACGAGGCAGAGUUUAGAGUGAGAAGCACUGAAGACUAAGACACAUAUUUCAUUGUAUUAAAAGAAAAAGGAAGAAUGAAAAUAAAUGAACUAAACAUAAUUGAAGAAGCUAGGAAAUGGAAGAAGGAGGAGUAAAGAAAUAAGAAAGAAUAAAGAUGAAAUGAAUGAAAAAUAAUACAUACAAAACAGAAGGAUGAUGGCCAAAAAUGUCAUUUGAAGAGACUAAGAAAUGCAACAAACCAUGAGCAUAACUGAUAAGAAAGGCUAGAAAGUGGAAAUAAACAAUACUAGGAAUUAAACAGUGCACAGAUCUAGUAAUAUAGUAGAGAAUUUUUCUAAAUCAAGAGAAUCUUAUGAGCAUCUGACAUCAACAUUUUCAACAGAUAAGACAAUUUUCUAGAGAGGAAACACAGAAAAUGGAUCCAAGAAAAAACAAGAAAGCUCAAAUGUCCCAAAUAAGAAUCUGGAUCAAAAUAUGACCCCCCAAAAACCCUGAGACACAGCAUUUAUAGGUGAACCUAGCAAAUUUUUAAGAAAACAACUGAUUAUACAAAUCUUUCAUGCUAUAGAGAAGGUUGUAAAGCUACUCAGAUGAGGCUAUACUUAUAGCAAAACUGGAAAAGGACAACAGAAAAUAAAGCAUAAAUGAAAGCUUGCUAAAUACAACAUCAUCUAACCAAUAAAGCAAUAUGCUAA